AUGCGAGGACAGCACGGCUUGCGAGGACAGUACGGCUUGCGAGGACAGCACGGCUUGCGAGGACAGCACAGGUUGCGAAGACAGCACAGCUUGCGAGGACAGCACAGCUUGCAAGGACAGCUCAACUUGAGAGGGCAGCUCAACUUGAGAGGACAGCACAACCUGAGAAGACAGCACAACUUGAGAGGACAGCUCAACUUGAGAGGGCAGCUCAACUUGAGAGGACAGCUCAACUUGAGAGGACAGCCCAACUUGAGAGGACAGCACUACUUGAGAGGAAAGCACAACAUGCGAGGACAGCAAAGCUUGCGAAGACAGCACGGCUGGCGAGAACAGCACGGCUUGCGAGGACACACAGCUAGCGAGGACAGCACAGCUUGCGAGGACAGCACAGCUUGCGAGGACAGCACAGCUUGCGAGGACGGCACAGCUUGCGAGGACGGCACAGCUUACAAAGACGGCACAGCUGUCGAGGACAGCACAGCUUGCGAGGACUGCACAGCUUGCGAGGACAGCACAGUUUGCGAGGACAGCACAGCUUGCGAGGAGAGCACAGCCUGCGAGGUCAGCACACCUUGCGAGGGCAGCACACCUUGCGAGGACAGCACAGCUUGCGAGGACAGCACAGCUUGCGAGGAGAGCACAGCUUGCGAGGACAGCUCAGCUUGCGAGGUCAGCACAGCUUGCGAGGACAGCACAGCUUGUGAGGACAGCACAGCUUGCGAUGACGGCACAGCUUGCGAGGACGGCACAGCUUACAAAGACGGCACAGCUUGCGAGGACAGCACAGCUUGCGAGGACAGCACAGCUUGCGAGGACAACACAGGUUGCGGGGACAGCACAGCUUGCGUGGACAGCACAGGUUGCGAGGACAGCACGGCUUGCGAGGACAGCACGGCUUGCGAGGACAGCACAGCUUGCGAGGACAGCACAGCUUGCGAGGACAGCACAGCUUGCGAGGACAACACAGGUUGCGGGGACAGCACAGCUUGCGUGGACAGCACAGGUUGCGAGGACAGCACGGCUUGCGAGGACAGCACGGCUUGCGAGGACAGCACAGCUUGCGAGGACAGCACAGCUUGCGAGGACAGCAUAGCUUGCGAGGACAGCACAGCUUGCGAGCUCAGCACAGCUUGCGAGGACAGCACAGCUUGCGAGGACAGCACAGCUUGCGAGGACAGCACAGCUUGCGAGGACAGCACAGCUUGCGAGGACAGCACAGCUUGCGAGGACAGCACAGCUUGCGAGGACAGCACAACUUGCGAGGACAGCACAGCUUGCGAGGACAGCACAGCUUGCGAGGACAGCACACCUUGCGAGGUCAGCACACCUUGCAAGGGCAGCACACCUUGCGAGGACAGCACAGCUUGCGAGGACAGCACAGCUUGUGAGGAGAGCACAGCUUGCGAGGACAGCUCAGCUUGCGAGGUCAGCACAGCUUGCGAGGACAGCACAGCUUGCGAGGACAGCACAGCUUGCGAGGACGGCACAGCUUGCGAGGACGGCACAGCUUACAAAGACGGCACAGCUUGCGAGGACAGCACAGCUUGCGAGGACAGCACAGCUUGCGAGGACAACACAGGUUGCGGGGACAGCACAGCUUGCGUGGACAGCACAGGUUGCGAGGACAGCACGGCUUGCGAGAACAGCACGGCUUGCGAGGACAGCACAGCUUGCGAGGACAGCACAGCAUGCGAGGACAGCAUAGCUUGCGAGGACAGGACAGCUUGCGAGGACAGCACAGCUUGCGAGGAUGGCUCAGCUUGCGAGGACGGCACAGCUUGCGAGGACGGCACAGCUUGCGAGGACAUCACAGCUUGCGAGGACAGCUCAACUUGA